AUACAGCCGGCCUUCCGGGCUCUGCGACCGGCGCAUGCGUACACGCUCCUCUAUGCUCACCGGAGAUCGCGGCGGCUGCCCAGGCAGCCUGGCGGGGACUCCCGGAUUGUGGACGGUGCGGACGGGCUGCGACCGGAGCAGCGUGUUUGUUUUCCCCUAGCUCCGCUGUGCCCAGAGUGACGUUGCAGAGGUCUCCUUGGGGCAGAAGCUUCUGGAAGGCUGGCCAGCCACCAUGUCCACGUUCAGGCAGGAAGAUGUAGAGGAGCACUAUGAGAUGGGAGAGGAGUUGGGCAGUGGUCAGUUCGCCAUCGUGCGCAAAUGCCGGCAGAAGACAACAGGCAGGGAGUAUGCGGCCAAGUUCAUCAAGAAGCGGCGCCUGUCAUCUAGCCGGCGUGGCGUGAGCCGGGAGGAGAUUGAGCGGGAGGUGAGCAUCCUGCGCGAGAUCCGCCACCCCAACAUUAUCACUCUGCACGAUGUGUUUGAGAACAAGACAGAUGUGGUACUGAUCCUGGAGCUGGUGUCGGGUGGUGAGCUCUUCGAUUUCCUGGCCGAGAAGGAGUCGCUGACUGAGGAUGAGGCCACGCAGUUCCUCAAGCAGAUCCUUGAUGGAGUCCACUACCUGCACUCCAAGCGUAUCGCCCACUUUGACCUGAAGCCCGAGAACAUCAUGCUGCUGGACAAGCAUGCUGCCAGCCCGCGCAUCAAACUCAUUGACUUUGGCAUCGCACACAAGAUUGAGGCUGGCAAUGAGUUCAAGAACAUUUUUGGCACACCAGAGUUCGUAGCCCCCGAGAUUGUCAACUAUGAGCCACUGGGCCUGGAGGCUGAUAUGUGGAGCAUUGGGGUGAUCACCUACAUUCUCCUGAGUGGGGCAUCUCCGUUCCUGGGUGAGACCAAGCAGGAGACACUGACCAACAUCUCAGCUGUGAACUACGACUUCGACGAGGAAUACUUCAGCAGCACCAGCGAGUUGGCCAAGGACUUCAUCCGCAGGCUGCUUGUCAAAGACCCCAAGAGGAGGAUGACCAUCGCCCAGAGUCUGGAGCACUCCUGGAUCAAGGCCAUCCGGCGGCGUGGGGCGCGCAGCGAGGACAGUGGGCGGCGGCCAGAGCGGCGGCGGCUGAAGACCACGCGGCUGAAGGAAUACACCAUCAAGUCGCACUCCAGCAUGCCGCCCAACAACAGCUACGCCAGCUUCGAGCGCUUCUCCAAGGUGCUGGAGGAGGUGGCUGCGGCCGAGGAGGGGCUGCGGGAGCUGCAGCGCGGGCGCAGCCGCUGUCGGGAGGACGUGGCGGCUUUGCAGGCGGCAGCGGAGCAGCGGGAGGCGCGCAUGCGCGAUGGCAGCGCGGGGCUGGGCCGUGACCUGCGGCGCCUGCGGCAGGAGUUGCUGCGCUCCGAGGCCCUGCGGCGGCAGGCACAGGACGAGGCCCGUGCAGCUGUGCAGGGCGCCGGCGGCCUCAAAUGGCGCCUCGGUCGCCUGGAGAAGCGCUACGACGCGCUGGCCGCACAGCUGGCAUCCGAGAUGCGCUUCGUGCGCGACUUGGUGCAGGCGCUGGAGCAGGAGAAGCGGGAGGCCGGGGACUGCGGGCUGCGCUAGGGUGAGCCCGCCGGGUCAGCCGCAACCACCCUGGGCACCCGAAACCACGGCCACUUGCAGCCGCCUACAGUCACCCCGCCGCGGCCGGCCACCGUGGCCACCGGCAACGACCUACGGCUACCCAAAGCCACCCGCAGCCACAUGCAACCACCCCGGGUCCCCAGGCCCGCACCUUCCGGCCACCCUGCCUCUGUGCUCCACCCCUACUGGGCCUGUGGAUGCACCCUGCGGGCAGGUGGCCUCUCACAGGCCAAGGUGGCCCUGGCCAACCCUGCCCAUACCCACUCUGCACAAAAAGUGGCUGCCACAUGACACCAGGCCCGCCCCCGAGUACUGGAGUCUGUGACAUUGGCCAGUGCUGGACUCUGUCCUCUUGAGGCUCAGUGGUCCCCCUGCCACCACCAGCACUCCCUGUGGUCCACAGCUCUGGCCUGUGCCCCUGACAGCACCAUGGGGACCAGUCACCCAUUCCUCUGUCCUCUAGAUCACUAACCCAUCCCACUGUCCCCAAACCCCGGUAGCUCAGCUGUACAGAGCACCACCUUGCACCACUAGGUGCCACACCAGGGAACUGUCCCCAAUGAGUUCCUCUAGGGCCUGAGGCCAGGACUGUGAUGAGGCCUGGUCCCCUGUGGGGGGCAACACCUCACAUGCCCUGCAAGCCCAGUGUGACAUGUCCUCAGUGCAAGCCAGAAUAAAGCUGCCUUCCACCAGG